AUGGCCGAGCGUUCCGUGGAGACUAUCCUCAAGUAUCAUUUCUCCAACCAUGAAUUGCUAGAUGAAGCACUACUCGCUGCAGGGGCGUCAGUCUCCAGCAAAGAUAUACAGGGUGAUGCAAAAGGCAAUAAGCGCCUUGCUCUGUUAGGAGAUUCCGUUCUGCAAGAAGCUGUUCUGGAGCCGUGGUAUCACUCUAAGGAAAGUACUGAGGAGGGUCAUAACAGGGUGAAAAGUUUAUGUGGAAACAAGAGGUUGAGAGAAAUAGCUCAGAGAAGCGGGAUAUCGGAUUGCAUUGCCAAAAACCCAUGCCAAGAAGGUCAGGUGCCUCAAGAGACUGCUGCGUCGACAGUUGAGGCACUGGUAGGAGCAGUUUAUAUAGAUUGUGGAGAGGACAUAUCAAAGGUCCACCAAGUCCUUGAGGCGAUUGAUUUUUUCAAAGAGUGA